UCUCAUUUUUCUUAAACCAAAAUAAAUCUUUUUCAAUACUUUUUUUAAAGACCAUGUAUGAAUCUCGUUUGCAUUUGCAUUUUCUCUCGCUAAUCUUGCUCUGUUUUGUCUGCCCUUCAAGCUUCUUCGAUUUAAACAUCGACUAUAGUAGCUAUGUUGCUUGUCGUCCUCAUCAGACUAAAGCUCUCACUGAGUUCAUGAAUGAGUUUGAUAGCAGCCAAUGCAACCUCAGUGAUCCCUUUAACGGAGUCAGGUGUGAUAACUCCACCGGUGUGGUAACAAUGCUACGACUUACGGCCUGUCUCAGUGGAAACCUUAAGCCCAACAGUAGCCUAUUCAGGUUACAUCAUCUUCGUUACCUUUUUCUCAGUGGAAACAACUUCAUCUCAUCUACACUUCCUGCUGAAUUUGGCAACCUCAACAGGUUAGAGGUCUUAACUCUUGAGAGUAAUGGAUUUGUAGGUCAAGUUCCUUCCUCAUUUAAUAACUUAAGCCUUCUUUCCGUUUUAGACCUUUACGAUAAUGAACUCACCGGUAGUUUCCCACUUGUAAGGAAUCUAACAAAGCUCUCGGUUUUAGAUCUUUCUAAUAAUUAUUUCUCUGGAACUCUGAAUCCCAACAGAACUAGCAUGUUUGAGUUGCAUCACCUCCGUUACCUUAAUCUAGGUUUCAACAACUUCAGUUCAUCACUCCCUUCUGAGUUUGGAAAUCUCAACAAACUUGAGUCCUUAUCUCUUCCCUUCAAUGACUUUUUCGGGAAAUUUCCUCCCACAGUUAGUAACCUAACCUCACUAACCGAAUUAUACGUUGCCCACAACCAGCUCAAUGGUAGUUUCCCACUGGUACACAAUCUUACCAUGCUCUCUGUUUUAAGUCUGUAUGAGAAUCACUUCUCUGGAACCAUUCCUUCUUCUCUCUUCACUAUGCCUUCCUUAUCAUCUCUUAGUCUACAAGGAAACGAUCUCACCGGAUCUGUAAAAUCUCCUAACUCCUCUACUCCAUCUAGGCUCGAGGAAAUGUACCUUGGGAAUAACCAUUUUGAAGGAAAAAUCAUAGAGCCCAUCUCAAAGCUCGUCAACCUCAGAAAGCUUGACCUUUCUUUAUUUAGCCCAAGCUACAUGAUUGACGUAAGCCUGUUGUUCUCGCUAAAAUAUUUGCUGCAACUUGAUCUUUCCGGUAAUAGUAUAUCUCCGGACAGUUUAGAUUCAAAGCCAGAAAUCCCGACAAAUUUGGAGAUUUUGUCAAUAAUAGGCUGUGGCAUCAGCGAGUUCCCAAGUAUCUUAAAGAACCUUGAGAAGUUGGAAUUUAUAGAUUUGGUCGACAACAAGAUCAAAGGGAAAAUCCCAGAGUGGUUAUGGAACCUUCCUCGUCUGUCCACCUUGUUUGUUGCAUAUAAUAACAUUAGUGGUUUCGAAGGUCCAGUGGACGUUUUGGUAAAUUCAUCGGUGAAGAAUUUAGAUAUUGGGAUAAACGACUUUGAAGGAGCAAUUCCUAUUCUGCCACCCUCUAUGAACCUGUUUGCUGCAAACAACAACAGAUUCACAGGGAGAAUACCUCUUUCAGUCUGCAAUUGUACAUCUCUCACGCAUUUGAUACUAGAUAACAACAACCUCACGGGUCCAGUUCAUCAAUGCUUGAGUCACAACUUGAAGGUUUUGAAUCUCCGGAAGAACAACUUUGAAGGAAGUAUUCCUGACGCCUUUUACAACGGUGCUUCUCUACAGACAUUUGAUGUUGGACACAAUCUACUCACCGGGAAACUUCCAAGAUCUCUUCAGAAUUGUUCAUCUCUAGAGAUUCUAGUUGUUGACCACAACAAAAUCAAAGGCAAGUUUCCUUUCUGGCUCAAGGCGUUACCAAAUUUGCAAGUCCUUAUCCUCAGUUCAAACAAGUUCUAUGGUUCUAUAUCUCUUCCUGAUCAAGGUCCUCUCGGGUUUCCAGAGCUACAUAUAUUUGAGAUAUCUGAUAAUAAGUUUACUGGAAGCUUGCCACCAAGGUAUUUUGUGGAUUGGAAAGCAUCCUCACUUACGCUGAACAACGAAGAAGGUGGUGGUCAAUAUAUGUCACGCACAACAAAUUUUCAAGGAAUAUUGGUAUAUAGAUAUUCAGAUUUUUUAGAUUUACAAUACAAAGGUCUAUCUAUGGAGCAAGAGUAUGUCCUUAAUUCCUACACAGCCAUUGAUUUUUCUGGGAAUAGAAUUGAAGGACAGAUUCCUGAAUCCAUUGGUCUCUUGAAACCGCUGAUUGCACUCAACUUAUCAAACAAUGCCUUCACAGGCCAUAUUCCUUUGUCAUUGGCCAAUCUGAGCAAUCUCGAGUCACUAGACCUAUCAAGCAACAACCUCUCCGGAACAAUUCCAAGUGGACUUGGAAGCCUCUCGUUUUUAUCGUACAUAAAUGUGUCUCACAACCAGCUCAAAGGUGAAAUACCACAAGGAACACAAAUUACUGGUCAAGCUAAAUCUUCAUUUGAAGGGAAUGCAGGGCUUUGUGGUCUUCCUCUCCAGGAAACUUGCUUUGGGUCUAAUGCACCGCCGCCACCGACACAACAACCCCGGGAAGAAGAAGAUGAGGAACAAGUGUUGAUCUGGAAAGCUGUAGUUAUUGGGUAUGGACCUGGAGUGUUGCUUGGACUGGCAAUAGCGCACAUCAUUGUUUCAUACAAACCUGACUGGCUCGACAAGAUUGUUGGUCCCAACAAGCUCAGAAAUCGCUAGGAUUGUUUUCAGUUUGAGUAUGAUCCUUCAAUCAAUGUAUGUUAAGUGGUUAAGUGCUCAUGUAUGCAAUCACUUCCUUAUGUUUGUUGUAUCAUUAUCUGAUGUUUUGUUCUAUUUCUCCUUUUCUUUUAUAAAGCUUCCGAAGUCUCUUCUAUA